AUGGGUGGAAGUCAUGUUCUAACUAUGGAUAUCAUCACACAACAGUUGAUUGAGAGAGGACAUGAGACUGUAACCAUCAUCUCCAAUCAACCCGGUCAGCUCCGAAAAAUGAAACCAUCUCCAACCGUUUUAUACAACGUUGAGAACCCAAUUAUUGCAGGCCAAAGAGCAGCCAAUGUUACAAAAUUAUCUCUAAUUGGCUUAGUUCAAAGUCUAUUCGAAAUACAACGACAGUAUUGUGAAGCUACCUUAGCUAACGAUACACUAGUCCGGUUGCUAGACGAUGUCGACAUUUUCGUAACUGAUAGCUUAUAUAUCUGCGGCGUACUAGUACCAGAAAUGCUUCAAAAGCCUAAUAUAAUCAUAUCCCUUGGAGCAGAUAUUAUUGGUUAUCAUACAUUCUUAGCAGAUUAUGCUGAUUCAACUUAUAUCCCAAUGCUGGGUUUUUUCCAUUCUACAAAGUUAACUAUGAUUCAACGGGCCUUUAAUGCAGCCAUUAAACAAUUCUUACUAAUUACUUAUUCAUACAUGUCAUCGAAUUUAAUGAAUAGUUUACGAUACAAGUUCAACAUUAGCACACAGUCAAGUCAUUAUAGAAUAAAAAGAAAUCCAUCGCUUUUUCUAGCUGCAUGUGAUUUUGCUUUAGAAUAUCCGAGACCAUUACCACCGAAUAUCAAAGUUAUUGGGCCAUUAUCUCCUCGACCUUCAUCAUCAUUAUCUAAAGAACUUGAAGAUUAUAUGCAAGCUUCUGAUAAUGGUAUCAUCGUAUUAUCAUUAGGCACGGAAUUACAACUGCCUAAAGUUAAAGCUACAGAAAUGUUGAAAGCUUUAGCACAAAUACCAUAUCGUGUGUUGUGGAAAGGUAAUCAACCCGAAGAAACAAUUUCAGAUAACGUAAAAGUAAUCAAAUGGAUGCCACAAAAUGAUAUCCUUGGCCACAACAAGACGGUUGGAUUUAUCACACAUUGUGGAGCAAACGGUUUAUAUGAAGCUGCUUAUCAUGGAGUCCCAAUGAUUGGAAUGCCCUCAAUGAUUGAACAAAAAGGAAACGCAGGUAGAAUGGUUAGUGCAGGUAUCGGCGUACUUAUUAACUAUCAUCAAUUUCAAGCGAAGGAUAUAGUGAAGGCUGUUCAAGAAAUAACUACCAAUGGAAGAUACAAAGAAAAUGUUAUGAAGGUUUCACGUAUUUUGAAAAGCAGGCCAAGAGCUCCGCGAGAUGUUGUCGUUGAUUGGGUCGAAUAUGUCGCUAAUACUAAUGGAGCACAUCAUUUAAAAGUUAAGGGUGAAGAACUCUGGCUGUAUGAGUAUUAUAAUCUAGAUGUGUGCUUGUUUAUCGCAAUGAUAAUGUAUUUUAUAUAUCUUAUGAUGAGAGUGUGCAAAAAUAUGAUGUUGGGAAAGCAAUCCAAGUUGAAAGAUGACUAA